AACUCAACUGUUGCUUUUAUUACGACAAACUCAACUGACACCAGCGCAACUAGAUGAAGCACAUUUCUACAAGCUUUAUCCCUCACUGAAAGAUCCCCAAGAGAAAAACGCUAGCAACUCGUCGUCGCUACCGUUGAUUUCAAGACAACAAGCAAUUGCCAUUUGUAUUAAUUAUAAUUAUGAUCCCGAUGCGAGCGGCCACUCUUUAAAGUCAAUAUUAACUUAUUAUUCUCUGAUACAUCAGUAUUUGAUCAUUCUAACACCGUCACCAUUAGACAAAUUAUCGCGGAAAAAUCAAGUCAUAUUAAAACAGUUUAAUGCGAAACAAACAUCAGUUGUACAACAGCCAAAUAAACAUCUGCUAUUACAACAAGUUAACAUUACAUUGUCACAUCUUAAGCAAUCAAAUCUUUAUCAUGUUGAAUGUACUAAUGCAUCGCGUGGCUUUUAUCAAUAUAAAUGUAUUUCAUUGUGUGCACAGUUUGGGGAUAGACUAAAACAAUCUGAUAUAUUCUCAACAUUACACGGUGUAUUAUAUCUGUCUGAUGAUGUUUUCUUUAAUUUCACUCAAGUAUUCGCUCAUCCUGAACGUUAUUCAUUGGAUGAAUUUUGGAUAACUUCAUCUAUUCAUUAUGUAAAUCUUACAAGUGGAAAACUAGGCGCAAGAGAAUUGAGAAAUCCUUGGUGGCAUUACAGAAAUGGAUGGGAACGUUUUCGUAAGUUGUUCAAUACAGAUUUGCCAAAAGACUACCGAAACAUAUUCAAGAUAUUGUAUGGUCCCGACAGUGUUUUAACAUCAAGUUAUUCAGAUGUAAUUUAUAUUCCUUUUGCUGACAAUCAAUUACGGACAUUUGUAAAAAUGGUUGCUUUAGUUAUGUCCUUAUAUCCAGAAGUAUUUUGUGAAGUUAUAAUAACGACACUCGUUGAUUUAUCUAGUUCAUUAUGUAAUCACUGGCCUUAUCAGAACGACAGAGCUAUUUAUAAUUCUUCUGUUAAUUUGUUGAAUAAUCAUACGAACAUGAAGCGAUCAUAUUAUAGUCCCGAUCCCUACAAUGCAAGCAGAUACAAAUAUCGUCCGUGCUUACUAAAUCCUGAUGGAUAUAUUUGGCGACAUUACCGAAGAGCAUCUAAUUUGUUCAGAAUUGCUGUUACUACAGGUACAUUUCCAACAUACCACCAAAACUUAUCCAAAAAUGAAAGCUGGUUAGAACCUACAGAAUUUUAUCAUCCAUUGAAAUUGUCGAAUCCAAAUAGUUGGGAAUCAAAACUUUGGAAUGAUGCCAUGAAAAUUCAAAUAUUCAAAUUCGAUCGUCUUCAGAAAUGCAAGUUAAACAGAACUGGAGUAGCAUGA